AUGCCCAAGCAGAACCCCCAGGCCAUUUUGCGAAAGCUGACUUGGGUGUACCCAUUUCCUCAGGCCGCCCUCGAGCGUAUCGUCCUCGACCCGCGGUAUCAUGACCUCCUCGCCGUCGUCAAGGCCGCACGAAAUGGCGCUGUCUACGGCACGAAAGUCCGCUUUCCUCACGCACUGGUCAUGAUCUUCCUAUUCCGAUCAGGAACGUUCCGCGAGAAAGCCUCUCUCGUUCUGCGCGCCACCCGCACCCACGCCCGCAACCUGGCCAAGUUCGCCACCAUCUACAAGCUCUCCAUGCUACUGCUCAAGACAGUCGGUCCCACCCCAGGCAAGGAGGGACCCUACGACACCCUCUUCGCCGGCGCCCUGGGCGGCUACAUCGUCUUCGGCGGCCGCUCCCGCCGAUCCGGCAAGAUACCCAGCGUCAACCAGCAGAUUGUCAUCUACAUUUUCGCCCGCGUCGCCCUCGGUCUCGCCCGCCUGGCCGUCAAUCCGGGCCACGGCCUCCCUGUCGUCAGCCGCGAAGGCCCCAGCGCCGUCAUUAGCCAACAUGCUUGGCCUGUAUUUGCCAGUGCCAGCUGGGCCAUGGUCAUGUAUCUCUUCCGGUGGCAUCCGGAGGACCUCCAGAGCAGCUUGCGUAGCAGCAUGAGCUACAUCUACCGUCAGAGCGAGGAUUGGGAUUCAUUACGCAACUUUAUCUGGCAUAACAAAUGA